GGGGGGGGGAAGAAGGGGAAGGGAAGGGAAGGGAAAGGACCGAAGGGGAGGGAGGGAGAGCGAAGGCAACGAAAAUCGAGAUCGAUGGGAUGGAAUGGGAACGGAGGGGGGAAAAUGGGUGAAAGUCGCUUCUGAACUUACCUGACGGGAAGCCGUGUUACUGACACACGAAUGAUCGGGCGACACUGCUAGGACGACAUGGGGUGUCUUGUGGAGAGGGCGAGAGGUCGAAGAGGGCCAGGAUCUCGGUGGUGGGUUGUGGUGGGCAAAGCAGGGGGGGGGGGGUUGGUGUCGGGAGGCACUUUGGGGGAGGCACUUGGGAGCACUUGGGAACCGGACAGGACCAAGAAAUCAGACAGUCGGAUAAGAUUCAGCGGACAGGCAAGACGCAAAGCAGAGAACAAAGAGCGUGAGCUGAGGUCGGGCGGGGAGGAAGAACAGAACGGAAGGGAACUGGAAGGUGUGCUCGAUGGACCACCGAAAGGGGGCUUUUCUGGUUGGACUGGAGCAGAGGGAGGGAGGGAGGGAUUCGAUCAGUCAGCGAGAAGGCGAAAUGAAGAGCAAACGGUAGGUUAAAAAAAAAAUAAGAAAAUAAUAAAAAAAAUAGGAUGUGUGUUGACUGUUGUUGGGUGCUGG